AUGGGUCCAAUAGGGGUUGGUAAAACCGAGCUUGCCAAGGCUCUUGCUGGAUACCUUUUCGACACGGAAAACGCAAUAGUGAGGAUAGAUAUGAGUGAGUACAUGGAAAGAUCAUCAGUCUUACGGCUCGUUGGCGCACCUCCUAGCUAUAUCGGUUAUGAAGAAGGUGGGCAUUUAACUGAAGCUGUUCGCAGGAGACCUUAUUCGGUGGUUCUCUUUGAUGAGAUCGAGAAAGCCCACCCUGAUGUAUUCAAUGUCUUGCUCCAGCUACUAGACGAUGGAAGAAUAACUGAUUCUCAUGGGAGGAGAGUAAAUUUCACAAACUGCUUUAUAAUAAUGACCUCUAAUAUAGGAUCUCAACACAUACUUGAGACUAUAAGCAACAAUGAAGAUAGCAAAAGCAAAGAAGCGGUUUAUGAAAUGUUGAAGCAACAAGUUUUGGAGUUGGCAAGAAAAACUUUCAGGCCAGAGUUCAUGAAUAGAAUUGACGAAUACAUUGUUUUCCAGCCUUUGGAUCCAACAGAAAUAUCGAAAAUCGUGGAGUUUCAGAUGAGCCGAGUGAAGAAUAGGUUGGAACAGAAGAAAAUAAAACUUGAAUACACAAAAGAAGCCGUGAAUCUCAUUGCUGAGCUAGGGUUUGACCCCAAAAAUGGUGCAAGACCGGUGAAGCGAAUGAUUGAGAAUAUUGUGAAGAAAGAUAUCACCUCAAAAGUUUUGAAGGGAGACUUUGGAGAGGAAGACAGAAUUCUUGUCGAUGUUGACCAGCCAAACAACAAAUUGAUCAUAAAGAAGGUCGAGAAUAAUAUUGCUGAUCCUGUUGAAGAAAUGGCCGCCGCUUGA